AUGGCGGUUGCAGGGGAAGCACUAAAAACAAACAUAACGACACUCGCGCCAUUAGUCCUUCCUAUGUCCGAGCAGCUCCAAUUCUUCGUGACAUUAGUCGCGAGGAAGACCCUCAAGAUGAAAAUAAAACCUUACAUGCCCGAUUUCAAGCUGGCGUUCGAGCAUUUCUGCAUACACGCCGGUGGAAGGGCCGUGCUGGAUGAGAUUGAGAAGAAUCUCGAGCUCAGCCAGUGGCAUAUGGAGCCAUCAAGAAUGACACUAUACAGGUUUGGCAACACAUCAAGCAGCUCUUUGUGGUAUGAAUUGGCUUAUUCUGAAGCUAAAGGGAGGAUCAAGAAAGGAGACAAAGCAUGGCAAAUUGCAUUUGGCUCUGGAUUUAAAUGUAACAGUGCCGUGUGGCGCGCGCUGAGGACGAUUAAUCCUGCUAAAGAGAAGAAUCCAUGGAUGGAUGAGAUUCAUGAAUUUCCCGUUGAAGUACCUAAAUUCUAA